GACAAAAACUUACCGCAUCCCUUCAGCUCCUAUAAUUCUCACAAGUUGUCGCUGUAUUGGCGCCAUGCUGCGCUGCCAUAAAUUUGUUCCGGCCAUAAGCCGCUUCCCGGCGGCGGCGGCGGCAGCCUGCCCGUGCUGCCAUCUAUCGGAUGGUCGGUAGGCGUGUUGUGGGCCGGCUCUGGGCCGGCAGUUGGCUGCGGCCGGUGAUGCUGAGAGGGUGUUGGGUGGACUACGUCAGUGCUGUGAGCGGGCCGACAGGUGAUCGGGGCGAGAUAUGCCCGGACUGUAACCCGCCGAGACAGGGAUGCGAUGCUCAACGCAGCGUGGAGCGUCUCUUCUGGCGGCAGCGGUGGUGGUAUGCUGGGUCCGACCCGCGGCUGCCACCGAGACCAGCUCUGACGGCUCCGACAGCCUGCUCAUGGAGCCGGACUCAGCCGCCGAGGAGCCGGGCUGCGACAGCUCCGAGCUCAGCUGCGACCGGUGGCUGGAGCUGGAGCUGGAGCUGGGCCCGCCGCCCGACUUUCUUCGCAUGGUGCCGCCGCCGCCCGUGCCAGAGUUCAUGGAGGAUUAUGUGCAGCGGCUCCAUCAGGCUAGCGGAGAGUGUCUGCUCUGUAACUGGGCGCACAACAACGACUCGAUGCUGCUGGUCGGCGCAGAGGUGACGUCAUCGUCAUGGAUUCCGAUCCUGGUGGUGGUGGCUCUGCUGUCCGCCCUGCUCGGCGCCAUCGGCAUGGUGGCCGUCAUCCGCUGCCGCAGGUUGCGGGUUCUGCCAUCAAAAGGUCUGUGUCCUCUGGUGUCACUGGACCGACCGAAGGAGGACGCUCCUCCCCUGCCGUCCUCCAAACCUCCGGCCGGCCGGGGCGACGCCGGCGACGCGGGACGGCAGCGCGCCUGGGCCGGCCGGCUGUGGGCUCGGCCCCCCAGCGGUACCGGCUCAGCCGCCAGCUACGCUGACCAGCCCUACACGUUCCCCGACCAGGAGAGCGCCGUGUACGCCGAGCUGAACAGCGUGGCCGGCUCCCAAGGCGUGCCCGCCUACCGCGCUUAUGUGAUGAACACUUAUAGUGAGAUUCGCGACCCGCGCCGCCUGUUACCCGACGGGACGUAUGAGAACGCCGGCUAUGUGCUGGAGCCGGCGCUUCACGGUGUCGGCGGCGGCGGGGGCGGGGGUGGAGAGUCGGGAGGCUCUGGUUCCAACCACAGCAGCGCGUACUACUCGGACAUUUCGGCUGGAGAACCGGCCGGGGGUAGUCAGCGGCGCCGGCGCCGUGAGCUGGCCAGUGUGUCAGCACGAGUCGUGUACCCUCGCCGGCUACCGGUGCCCAUCAACUUACUACCAGACGCGGCUGAUCUACCGGACAACCUGGAGAACCCGCCGCCGGAGAGCACCAUGAUCGCGGCGACCCGGCGCGGCUCGCAGUACCGUCUGCUCGACAGCCGGACGCUGGCCGCCGCCGGCCGGCUGACCGCUCCGCCCGGGGUACCGGUGGCCGGCGCCUCGGCAACCGAUCCGCUCCGGCAGCCGCACAACAUGAGCUUUCGCUCGGACCCUGACUCUGGACAGCGCUCCGGAGACUCGGGUAACCGGUCCGGCUCCGAGCAGGGCAGCCUGGAGCGGCGGCCGCUGCCGCUUCUGCCCAGCCGGCGCGUGCAGGGACCGCAGAAGCGCGGGGUGUACACGCUCACACAGCAGUGCGAGGAGCCUCCGCCGCCGCCGCACGCGUCAGAGUAUGUGUAGCGGCGGCAGUGUCAGCCUCACUGUGCAAUAGAGCUGCCGGUCGGCGGUAGGGUGCACCGUCCCCGGUCCGCCGUCGAUACUCCGAUCAGCGUUAGCGCGCUCCGGCGAGAUAAAAACUCGUCACCCGCGCACAAAAAACAGUGGCGUGUAAGCCUCUUAGCGAGCUUACCGGCGGAAACCGUUGUUUUUGGUCGGCAGGCGCUGUGAUGUUAUCAUCUAGUCACGAGCUCUCUCAUCCCCGGAGACAAAAACGAGAGCAGAAAAACGCGUUCGGGAUGCGCUGAGCAGAGGCCGGUGCGCUCGGUUCAGUGUUUACUCCGCAGUCGAAGCUCGAUAUUUCUUCAUAACUGUCUGCCGGUCGCGAGGGCGGGGAGGCAGCGGCGGUGGGGUCCCGCCCUCUGCGCUGUCGUCCCGUGCGGUCUCUGACGACUCAACCGGCGCCGACCAGCCGUCAUCAGUGCCGUCAUCGUCUGGAUCGUCAUCGCCAGCAUCGUCAUCGCCUGGGCCGUCAUCACCAAUAUCUUCAUCAGCUCCAGCCGACUAGAUCCUGCCCCGCUGGAACCUGGCUGAAGGUGACCGGCGUCGGAGGACGGCCGCGGCGCAGACAGCGAGCGACCGACCGAAGGAUCGACGGAUCGACGAAGUUCAGGCGGCUGCCGACGCACCAACUGAUCAACGCACCGAUGGACGGCAGAAAGCUGCAGCUGCAGAGCCCCGAACGCCCUUACGUGGCAUCAGCGAAGGCACUUGGCUCCAUUUGAGGUCAUCGUUCCGCCCAGCCGCAGACCAUUCCAGAGGGCGUCCCUCCGACGCGCUCGGCUUUAUCCGGCAGUCGGCGCCCAUCGCCACUGGCAUAUCAAACUAUUUCGCACUCAGGAGACCGUCUCCAUGCGUUUGUGAUAUCCUUGAUUGUUGUAACCUGCCUGUGCGUGUGUGUAUGCGUGUGUGUGUACAUAUGUGAGGAGUCCUGAGAUCGUAUUAUCUUAUCUAUACCAAAUCGCAUUCAAGAAUAAAAACCUGCUGAACAA